AUGAGCCGAUUUUUCGUGUUGAUUGCCGUGAUUGCCGCCUGCGUCGCCGCAGCCCCCAAUAAGGAGGACAUGAAAGGUUCGAAUAUUUUAUUUCGUUGUUUUUUAUCAAUUUCGCAAUAAUUUAGUUCAAAAUUUUUUAGAAUUUGAGGUUUUUCCGUUUUUUCAAAUCCAACUAUAAUUUUUUUUCAAUCGCUACGACAUAGAAGUUUCAAAAGAAUGCUCCCUAGAGGACUUAAAUUUAGAUGGCCCCUAUAGGGAUUAGGAGUAUGACCACCACGCCCCUAGAGCUUUAGUAGUCCCUAAAGUGGUUUUAAAAUUUUUUAUUAUGAUCCGAAUAAAAAAAACGUAUAGGGACCAUUACCAUGCUCCCCUAGAGUGGCCUAUAACUAAAACCCCUGAAGUGGCCUUUUGAAUAUUUUUUCUUUUUCUUCUGUUUGAAAUUCUCGUUUCGAUCUUUGGACAUGAUUCGCUUGAAAAUUCAAAAAAAUUUUGUCUUUUCAAAAAUUUUUCAUUCAGCGCGUUUCCAUGCUGAAAUGAAGGAAGCCGGCCUCUCGGAACCGACGAUCGCUGAAAUUUGCAAGAUUAGCGAGAAGCACCAGGUUUUUUUCAACCUGAAGCUUCAUUUUUAAUGGAAAAUGAGUUUCAGGACGCCUUCAAGGCGGCCAAGGGCAACAAGGAAGAAGCGAAGGCCGCUUUCCACGCCUUGAAAACCGACAUCGACACCUACAUCGUCACGGCUUCUGCUGCUGAUCAGGUAGGCCUUAUAUUAUUCAAAAAUGUGUUGCAGCAGCUUGUCACGUUUUUUUUUAGUCAAAAAAUGUAUAACUUUUUUUUGAAAGAUUCCAAAACAUGUAAUUUUGCAUUUUGAAGGGUCUUGAAGCGAAAGUGCAAUAAAAGCUCGAUAUACUGUAGUUUUCUUUUUGCUCACUUAUAUGAAUAUACACGUAUAUUCGAAUUAUGAUUUUUCUAUUUUCAGGCCGCCUGGAAAAUCUUCGAGGACAAGAAGAAAGCCGAGUUCAAGUCUCACUUCGAAAAAGCUAAACAAUAG